CGCAAACGCUGCCAACGGCUUCCGUACCCGCACCUCCACAGCUCCGCAUUCAGCCCCACCCAUCUCUCGCCCUUUGAAACACGACAGCCAUGGGUUGGUGGUGGAAGUCUGAUCCUCAGACACUCGUCCCCGCGCCGACACCCUCCCAAUUAUCGACCAGCGCCCACGACGUAGACAAGCCAGCCGCCAAUGCUAAACCCCUCACUCGAGAGGAGCAAGCUGAUGCCGAGCUCAAAGCCUUCCUCUCCGAACUCGAAGCUUCCACCAGAAGUCCCACAGAGCACGACUCCACGAGUAUUGUAGAUGCCGCAACGCCCACGCCUGCCGCAUCAGGUACGGCAUCUACAACCCGUUCUCUCUACCCCACAACCAUGUCCUGCCGCGAUGCCUUUGAUGCCGCCUUCUACUGCCAGUCAUUGGGUGGCCAGUUCAACAACGUGUACCGCUAUGGAACACUGCGCUCCUGCAGCGAGCACUGGAACGACUUCUGGUUCUGUAUGCGGACAAAGUCAUACGGGGAUGCUGACAAGGCCAAGGUGGUUGGGGAGAGGUAUCGAGAGAAAGAGAGGAAAUACAGAGAGGGCCCAAGCAGUGAGGACGUAUGGGAAGAGCGGAAACCCGGAGAAGAGCUACGCAACGCCUUCAUGAAGGAUCCUGACGAGGUGGAUAUACCGGGCUUGCCAAAACGGAAAAGGCAAACAGAAUGAAGAGAUGUACGAUAGUCAUGGAACGCGCAAAUAGGCGUUACAUCAAAAAUAUCUGGAUAGCGUUGCAUCAUGCUAAGAUACCCCGAGUACUUUAUUAGUUUAACUUCACGCCGUCUACUCUACACGUAUUUGUGCUACGGCUACAGGGAUAGAUAUUGUUAUUUGUAUCUCUACAAUAAGCGGCGGUUUGUAGAACCAG